AGUCUGGGCUUUUUUUUUCUACCAUCGCUAGUAGAGCUUCGGUGGCACUUUAUUAUUGAUUUUGAUAAUUCAAUGCAGUAUCUUGACCUUCAGUAAAUAAGCGCUUCACUCCAGUUGCGCGGGAAAACAAAAAAUGGCCAGCAAAAGAACCACGUCUUGGUUUGAUAUUUGAGGGCAUUCUCCUCCACGAACGAAGCACAGUACUAGGAAAAGGAUGAAGGACAGCACGAAUCUAGUCGAUCCGAACUACGCCAGCCGGCUAGAUUCGAUCUUCCUGAUCCAGGAUGGGCACACACGGACCGAAGUGGAAACGGUUCGGCAGCAUUUGUCGACGAAAUACAGUUUACCCUACGUGCCGGGUGGGCCGGUGAAGAGAAAGCGGGACCCGCAAAAAUUUCCGAGUUUGGACAGAAGUAAAGGGCUGUAUGUGCGGAACAACGAUAAAAAAGAGUUCGCUGAAGUAGACGCCGAAAAGAAUGAACACCACUGGACACAGGUUUUAUUUAGUAAAAUUUGAUAAAGCUUGACGCUGUGCAUGAGGCAGUGAGCAGUUUAUGGUUGUCAUGCUUGAAGAACACUGGGAAACAAGGAAAUGUACGUCAUCUUGUGAUCUUUCUUCGUCAUACAAAAAAUCUUCACACAGGAUGCCCGCGGCUCGGACAUUUAUAACCUGGAAACGAACCACGAGCAGGCGACGGGGGAAAGUUUUCUUCCGAAUGGUGCGCUGAACCAGCAGGAGUUUGGAAAGUAUUACUACCGUGCGCGGCAGUUUCCCCUCUACCCGAAAACCACGAAGCCCACCCCGGCGAUGGCCAUGGAAGAUUUUCUCAACCGCACCAUCUCGUUUUCCAGUGGUCCGAGAGGGCGCGGAAACUUCCGGGCUUCGAAGCACGUAUACCAACCUUUCACGACGAAGACGCUGCACGCGCCGUUGCUCUACGUGCAAAGCAGACACCAGUAUUAUUUUUUGCUUUUUUUGAUGAUACGAGCUACACACGUUUCCAACUACACGCAACGAAAAAGCGAAGACCUCGAUGCGAGACGCAAAGAAACUCUGUAAAAUUAUAAUUUCCUAGGCACCAACACCUGAAGCGCAGUAAGAGUUACGCCGCGGCCGCACGACAGGCCGCCACGUUGUACGAUCCCAGCGGAUCUACGAUGCGAAAUAAGAGUAUGAUGAGCUCGACUUUGAUGAGCCCAUAUUGUAUGUAAAAACGUCCCCACCCCAUAGUCAAGUUGGGAAAUCUGCAAGACAAAUCAACAGCCUUUGGCUGUUACGCAUGACAAGUUUGGGCUCGCAGUGUUGUCCGUGUUUAGCUAGUGCAACAGCAUCACAAAUCCAGCUUCUCGUGCUAAUUUCAAAUUAGCACGAGAAGCUGGAGGCGUUUUUUCGUCGUGUUUUGGAAUUUGUGAUGCUUAAAUUAUUUGAGCAUCACAAAUUCCAAAACACGACGAAAAAACGCGUCUCAUGGGGCUCCGCAUGAGAGACAUUUUAAGCGUGCAGAUUUGCGCGACAGCUAUGGGAUGGGGAUGUUUUUCCACAGGAUAGCCCAAACCUUAGCUUGAUGUCCAACGACGUGACGAGCGUGAUGGUGGACGGCACGCCCAUGCCAGACGUGCUGUUUCUCGGAGAGUAUCCAACAAGAAAACUGUUCAAGUGUAACUUUGUGUUGCAAACGAUGCAAGACACUUACAACUAUCAUGCUGGACAUGCGUCAGGGGCUCGUUUCGUACGUGUGUUCACGCGCUAGCUGCGCAUGACAGGUUUUCUCUGUCAUGGAGAGCAAACUUCUGAUGCUGUUCCUCCAAAAUGAAAGUUACAUUUACACAGUUUUUUUCUUGCAUAGAGAGCAGUCGACUGCUAGCAAGAACACCUCGCAGGUGCAGCUACCUGGACUAUCGACAGAUACAAGUGCAGGCGGUCCUGCAGCGCACCAACAGAGCACGACAACCCGGGGUCGCAGCACCACAAGCGUCAAGUUAAAUUCCGAGCAGGAUAAGAGUUUAGAAAAGCACUCCAUUCUGGACGACCCGUCACCCGUCCACCGGCAGAAAAUGAAAGACGUGGAAAAUACCAACGAGCCAUCAGGACUCGCCCUAGAUCGUCAGAUGGCAGCGAUGAAUGCGACGUCGACAGCGUCUGUGCACACAUCGUCACAUGUUGGCGGAGGUAGUACUAGUAAAGCGAAGAAAAGCAGUUCAAAGCUGUCCGUUGGUGGAAAGAAUAGUAAUGGGAACAACAAGAGCAGCAAGCGAGCUUCUGUAGUUGCAACGGACGAGAAAAAUCCGCCCGAGCCCGAUGGGGUUAUUGGGAGGAAUUACAAUCUCAUGUCGCUAGAGGACGUCGCGCGAGUGCUAUGCAUUGCAAAUAUGUCUGGGUCUGGAAGACUGCAACACUUGUCAUGCACAUUUUGUAUGACCCACGAGGUCUGGAAUGCAGAACCUAGCAUGAGAGAUUCUGUGAGGUCUCCAUCAUGCCAAUGCUGCAUGAGAAACUCCCUCGCAGCUUGGUCGAAAGUGGACAGCUUUUGGCAGUCAUGCAACACAGAUUUUUGCGUGAUUCUGAUUUAGCAUGACAAGUUCCAACCGUCCAGACCCAGACAUUUUUGCAUUUGAUAAGUGCCGGUGCGGAACGAUUCGAUGUACAGAAUGGUGUGGCGGCUCACGACCAAGGCGAACCCUGUUUUGUAUAUUACGAAUGUCAAUGUAUGUUGCUCCUUUAGACUUACGUUUCGCUUUCGUCUUCUUCUUGCGGGUUCUCUUUGUCUUUCUCUGAAAGCCUUUCACUUGGUGUAGUGCAGCAGUAGACUUUUCGAUUUUAUAGAUGAACAGCCUACUAACUUCGUAUUAACAAAAGUAGAACAGCGUUAAGAUCAUGUGACGGUGGAAGAAUGCGAUGCAAAACCACACGACAAAUAAACAGCUUCAACGUGAUGCCCCACCGAGAGGGCGUAAUUACUCCGGGGGAGCAGUUUGAACUUCGAGUGAAGCAGAAUCCGAUAUUACAAUGAAAAAUGCCCCCACCCCCGAACUUUGGAGCAUUUGUAUUGCAAAUCUUUCCAAGAGAAACAUUCGCCCGCUUGCAUCUAGCAGCAUCACAGAUUUCCAAUCGUGCAUAGCAAAAAUUUGUAUUGCAAAAGAUCCCAGCAAGAGCGGCGCUUGUCAUGCAAGCAAUGCUAUAUACGCCUAGGCUCUGCAUCACAAACAUUCAUAUUCCUUGCAAGCAUGACAAAAAGUUUUCAUUUGGAAACUUCGCAUCACAAAUUAUUGCAACUUUGGGGGUGGGGGCAUUUUUCACUGUAAUAUCCGAACGUGAAGGUCCCGAAAGGGGUUUACGUCUUCAAGCUCGCCAUGGGGGACCCGGAGCAAGUUUGGCUAGUCCAGAUGUUCGCCUGCGUCGUGCCCGCACGUAUAAGUAGAUGGUGUUUAUUUUUGAAGGUGUCAUGCAUAAUGCUGCUCGCUAACACGAUGGUGUCAUGCGGGAAUGCAAUUACAUAAUUCUGUGUCCUACGACUCUUAUCACAGGAGACGACAUCCGCGAGGUGACCCUGAAAAACGGGCAGACAUACGAACUCCUGUCAAAGUACGGUCCCCCGAAGCAGAUGGUGCAAUGGCGUGCGAAGGCGCACGAGUAUGUGCUGAACUGGCACGCGGACGUGAACCACGAGAAGCUUGUUUUGCCGCCGAUCAACACGGAAGCGAACCCGUUGCAGCAGCAAAAGGACGACUUCAUGCUGAAGAACGUCACGUCUUCCACCCAGCCCCCGAAGUCCGCGAAGUCCGUGGCCUCCACAGCCGGUGGCGUGAGCGUCGCGAGUACAACUUCGAAACAGAAGCCGGGGUCGAGGCUGGGAACGACGGAGUCGACGAGGAUUGGUAUCGAGCAGACGGCGGAGACGCACACACUGGUGUUGGACGAGGAUGAGGAGGAGGACAAGAAAACAAAGCUUCCGCCGGUCAAGAAAGAGAUCGAGCUGGUCCGGAAAAAAUUCCCGCUCGUAUUACAAUGAAAAAUGCCCCCACCCCCGAACUUGGGAGCAUUUGUGUUGCAAACCUUUCCAAAUGAAACAUUCGCCCUCUUGCAUCUAUCAGCGUCACAGAUUUCCGAUCGUGAAUAGCAAACAUUUGUACUAUUGCAAAAGAUCCCAGCUGCAAGAGCGGCGCUUGUCAUGCAAGCGACGCGACACUACACACCUAGACCCUGCAUCAGAAAGGUUCAUAUUCCUUUCACGCAUAGAUAAAAAGUUCUUCAUUUGAAAACCUUAUGCAUCACAAAUUUUUGCAACUUUGGGGUUGGGGGCAUUUUUCCUCGCGAUAGCUCGCCGGGUUGGCGGAAGCGGAGGCGGCGCAGGAGGCCGCGGAGCGGGGUGUCAGUGCGGAUAACAAAGUUGCGUCGGGCGUCAUGCUGCCGGCAAUCGUUGCAGUGGGACCAUUAUCUACUCGCAAAAGUAUCGUGUAAUUUUUAUCCGUACUUCUGAUUCUUUCAAUAGUGUACGGCAAGGCUUUUAUCCUUUUUACCUGAGUCAGCCAUUUUUCAUUUUUGUUCUUGCAAUGCAAGGCCUACUAUAGUCUCUUCUGGGAAAUAUUGCAAUGCAAUGCCUACUAAGAAGUAAAAAUUAGUGCGGUACUUCUGCGAAAAUGCAUACCCACCGACCGGGGGAGACGUCCAGGGAGGCAAGAAGAAGAACGGGGGUAAGCAUGUGCAAGUUGCCUCUUCUGCGUCGCAAUCUACUAUCACUAGCAGCUUUUCGCACAGCAAGACGACGGGCUCCGGGAGAACCCGCAGUACCAGCAUGGCAUCGACUAGCCACAAGCCCUGGAUGCACCCGCCAGCGGUGGACUACACGCAGCGGGAGGGAGAGCAGCUGCUGUACAGCCGGAGAAGCUACUCCUUCGCACGGCUGCUGCAGAAACCGCCGGCGCCGAAGAAAAACAAGUCGGAGCUGGAGGUGGAGGUGAAGAAGAUUGCCAAGUGGAAACCGCCGGUGAAACGCGCACUCAACAAGCCGAAAACCCUAUCCUAUGUAACAACGUCCUCACCCCAGAGUUGUCAUGCAAAUGUGCAUGCCGAAAAUAUUUCUCAUGCGGAGUUCCAAAACUAGAGGCGUUGUCUAGUCGUGUUUCGGAGUUUGUCAUGCUCCAAUCAGCAUGAUGUGCUAGAAUUGUGACGCUGCUGAACCAACUGGCUAAACAGGGCCAAACCUGUCAUGCAUAACUCCCAAAACUUGGAGAUUUGUGUUGCAGAUUAUAUAUACCGUUUUGACUAUAAUUUAGACAAGGAAAAUCGCAGAAGUUCAUCAAAAAUCGAGCACCCCCCUGUCCGGGGCUCCCGGGACAUAUAGUUGAUUUGUGUGGGCCCCAACCAUUUCGCAUUUCCCCCCUGCGGAGCCCGCCCCGCCAUGCGCUGCCGCUGGCAUGUGUGUCGUUUUGAGUUCUCACGCCUGCGCAUGUACGAGCCGAAGCGAUCCCAGCACUUGCUUAACAGUCUUGCUCCGAUUCAAAGACGCGCGUCUAUGAGAAAACAGCUCCACAGGGUUCGAAGGUGGUGCGCGUUUACAAUGAGUCGCAUUGUUCCGAAAACGUUGCCGGCCCCCAUUUCUUGUCCUGUCGCAGCGCGGAGCCCUUACAGUUUGCCACCUGAAUCGCUCGCGCAACCCGAAUAAUGUAGAGCAACGCCGCCACAUUCACCAGCAGAACCACCCAAAGCGCCAGGGGCAAACCAGCAAGCGCCCAGCCCGUUUCCCCGCCCCGGCCCGGCUGUCGAAAGCGCCGGGCAAAGGCGUGCCCGAAAGCGCCGCGGCCCUGUCGGAAAUCGCCGGCAGGGGCGACCGCGAUACCAGUGGCGUGGCCCGAUGCGGUGGGUGUUGCAUGUGCGGCCUCCGUCCGAUGGCCGGAGGCCCCCCGAACGUCUCGCCCCAGUUCUGGAAAGGUUCUGGCAGAUGCUGAAGCGCGCGGCCCUGAGCCCGCCUUCGCUGCGAUCGGAAGCGGUGCCUGGCGGCCGGGGCGGCGGCCGGUCCGAAGGGGGCAGCCUGGCGCGCCCCGGCGUGGCUCCGGGGCCGCCGGCGUUCUCUUUGGCCAAAAGCGAAAAGAGCUGCUUCCGCGGCCGCCGGGGGCCCCGGCCGGGCAGCCAAAGGGGCCCCCUUUUUCGCAAAAAAAAGCAACCCCAAAAAGCACCCCCCUUGGGAAGCCUUUCCCCCACCUAAAACUGAAGAAUUCCGCGCCCAAAAAAGCACCCCCCUAGAGCACCCCCCCGAGGGGCCCCCCGGCUUCGCCUUCGGACAGGAGCUCCUCCCGGUUUUCCCUUCUCGCCUUCUUUGUUUUAUUGCCCCCAUCCCCGCUAUAUUCCCAGGGCAAGCACGUCCCAAGACACCCAUGGCCGCGGGCUUUUGGAAGAAAGAACGGCGGGCCGCCUCGUCUUCGCAGCAAAUGCGGGCACACGGCCGCGCGCUUUUGAAUCUGCCAAAAACUUUCCAGAACAGGGGCGAGGCGUUCGGGGUGUCUUCGGCUACCGGACGGAGGCCACAUACGCAAAACGCAUCGCGCCGGCCCGCGCCACUGGUAUCGCGGCCGGCCUUGCCGGCGAAUUCCGACAGGGGCGUGGCGCCUUCGGGAGCGCACGUGGCCCGGCGCUGCCGGCAACCAGGCCGGGGCGGGGACACGGACUGGGCGGCUGCCCGUUUGCUCCUGCGGCUCUGGGUGGUUCUGCUGGUGGAUGUAAUGUCGCUGCUCUACAUUCUUCGAGCUGCGCAAAAGAUUCAGGCGACAAAGUGGAAGCGUUCUGCGCUGCGACAGGACAAAAAAUGGGGCCCCGGAACGUUUUCGGAACAAUGGCGCCGAUUUUAAACGCGCGCCACCUUCGAACGCCUUCGGGCUGUUCUUUCAUGAGCGCCUAUUUUUGAACCGGAGCAGGGUUCCAGAGCAAAUGUUGGAGGCGCUUCGGCUCGUACAUGCGCAGGCGUGAGAACUCAAAACGACACACAUGCCAGCGGCAGCGCAUGGCGGGGCGGGCUCCGCAGGGGGGAAAUGCGAAAUGGUUGGGGCCCACACAAAUCAACUAUAUGUCCCGGGAGCCCCGGACAGGGGGGUGCUCGAUUUUUGAUGAACUUCUGCGAUUUUCCUUGUCUAAAUAAUGGGGUGGGGACGUUUUUCCCCAGGAUAAACCCCACCAAAGACCGAGUUUGACAAGCUGGGCGACACGCUGCAGCGCUACGCCGAGCACUACAAUCGGCUGUGGAACAAGACCGCGACCGGGAGCAUGAUGACGAGUCACAGCCAGAUGGGGGUGGAAGUAGCAAGAGGCGUGCAGGAGAGCAUUCAGGAGUAAGGAAGGCGGGUAGGAGGUUUCUUGUGCGAAGAGUGUAUGGUUUUUUAUGAGCUUGAUUUGGCAUUGGUAUCGGUUUAGUGUUUUUUCAACUGUAGCAAAAUUGUCUGAAGUUAAUAACAUUUUUAUCGUAGUAGCAUGACAAACUUAUUUCAAUCAUCAAAAGCAUCUAAUUGUAAUUAUGUAUCUUUGUUGGAGAGGAGAAACGGUUUCCCGUGCUGGUUCCUUCAGAUCGAUUCAAUCAAAACUUUCAAUUUUUCAGUUACAACAGCAGAACAAUAUUUUUCGUUUUUAUUCAUUUUCACUUUUCGUUUUUCAGCAAAUUUUGCAUGGAUUUACCGCGCAAUUUUCUUCUUUUUCUGAAUUGUGACACACAGGUACGAGGAUUGUAUCAUUCUAUUCUUGGAUCAUUCAGACACACUUGAUAAAUUUUCAAUAGUGUCAUGACACGGUGGUAAGUAAGUAUCAAACUGUAUAUAAAAUUUAGCGAGUGUGCAUACGAUUUAAUUGAUGCAUGCAUGUUGGUGCAGGUGGGUACCAUUUACAGCAUGAUAUUGUGCAUGGAUGAGGAGACGAAACUUACACGACACACUGUAUA